UCACAAGCUACAUACUUCUGUCAUUUUAUUGUUUCAACUUUCUAGUACAUUUAUAGUCAUUCUAGGCUAGCUUCUAGCCUUUUUAAGUUAUUAGGAUUGUGAUGGAGGAAAAGAGAGAUUUGUUUGGCAGAUUACCAAACGAUAUCAUUUGCCAUAUCAUUUCUUUUCUUCCUUCAGAAUCUGCAUUAGAAACCAGUUUGAUUUCAAGUAGAUGGAGAGGUCUAUGGAACACAGCUUUGGUUCAACAUGUAGCUAUAGAUGAAGUUCCUGAUGCAGUUGCUGAGUUUCUAUCUCAUUUUGACAAACUUGAUCCCUUGAGGCACCCCAGAAGGCUAAAGUUGUACUUCGGCGAAGGUAGUGAUGUGCUUCUAGCUACCAUUGCAGCCAAUGAUAAACUUCACUUGGAUUUUUCUAUAGGGAAAAAGGAGGAGGAGUACCCUCCAAGGCAUUUUGAUUUGCAGUUGCAGCUUAAAUGUGACCAGAAUGUCCAAAACCUUAUAGCUCACCCCCAACCUUGUGCCUCUACUUUCUCUGUCAAAACCCUUUAUUUGAAAUCAGUAACCAAUGUUGUCAAUGAGGCAAUUUCUUCUAUGUUUUCGAGUUUAGAGUUUCUUGAACACUUGAAGAUCAUUGAAUGUGAUGGGUUACAAAGUUUGCAUAUCGAGUCCAGUCCAAAGCUACUCAGCUUAAGCAUCUUUGACUGUCAUCACCUCAAAUCUCUCCACCUCAGAACCUCUAAACUUCGAUCCUUUCAUUAUCGAGGUUUUCUCCCUAGGAUUUGGCCAGAACAUCAUUUCAACCUUGCAGAUGCCAUGCUUGAUUUCAGACUAGGCCCCGGCUACACAAGUUUCAGCAGUAGCGACUUUGAUCCAAUGUUGUUAACCCUAAAGAAUGCUCAGGUUCUUAAAUUAUGCAGAUGGAGUUUUCAGGCACUGAUCUGGCCAUUGAUAUCGCCUCUACAAGCAAAUUUCAUGUUUUAUAAAGUGAAAGAGUUAUGGUGGAUUGAUAAGGAGGAAGAAAGUUACGACAGUGAUGCCUUAAUCUCCUUUCUGAAAUUGUGUCCUGUCUUGGAAAGACUCUUUGUAACCAAUGAUCCUGAAAGCUACUGCAUAACAAGCACAGCUCCAACCUCAAAGAUAGUCAAAAGCCAUACAAAAUUGGGUGAUCUGAAAGUGAUUAAGGCCCAGUUGGUAGAGCUGGGAAUCUAGGAUUAGUUUAAAGCAGCUGGAGUUUUUAGCUUAUGAGAGCUGAUCGAUGUUUAUUAACUUCUAUAAGCAGCGACUUCAUAGUGCAACUUUUGAAAUAAACUGUUUUUUGUUUUUCCCUUAAUUUCACUAAACACUUUUUGCUAUUUAACUUAUAAGUUAAACAGUUUUUUUUCACAAUAUAAACUUUGCCAAACUAGGCCCAAGUUGGCAGAGCAUGUCAAUGACUUGGGUACGCCAUAUGCUCACAUGAGCCUAUAGAUGGCAUUGUAUUUGUCUUCCUCGUAUGGUUUUGAUGGGUUUGUAAAUAUGAAUUCUUGUCAAGGAAUGCUUACCCGAA